AUCUGCUGUAGAGGAGGCAGCAGCAGGACAGAUCGCUCCAGACCAAGGCAGACUGCUGGAGCCCUGUUGCUGGAAGAUGGGCAGCUCUUUUCGCGACCUGCUUCAGUACCGGAGAUUCUUCCAACUGAUACUAGUGCUGGGAAUUGGUGGCUCAUUCCAAAUUGGCUUCCAGCUUUCUAUGAUCACCUACACUUCAGUGCACGUGAAGGCGCUGCUGAACGAGACCUGGCUGGCCCGCUCCGGCCUCCCGCUGCCCACGGAAACCCUCACCUUGCUGUGGUCCUUCAUUGUCUCCAUCUAUGGCUUAGGGGGCUUCCUUGGCUCCAUGGCCAGUGGGUACUUGACCCAAAGAUACGGCAAGAAGAAGUGCCUUUUAGGCAACAAUGUGGUCAUGCUGAUGAGUGCCUUCCUCAUGGGCUUCAGCAAGAUGGCCAGCUCCUUUGAGAUGAUCCUGGCGGGACGCUUCCUGUGCGGCAUCAGUGCAGGUCUCUGCAUCCCUCUCCAUCCCCAGUACCUCGGGGAGAUUUCUCCCAAGAAGCUCCGCGGAUUCACCAGCUCAACUGCUUCUGUCUUCUGGAGCCUGGGAAAGGCGUUUGGCCAAAUCUUGGGACAGAGAGAGCUCCUGGGAAGUGCCUCCUUGUGGCCGCUGCUGAUGGCCUUCAGUGGGUUCACCGCUGCCAUCCAGCUGCUGACUCUGCCCUUCUUUCCGGAGUCCCCGCCUCACCUCCUCUUGCACAAAGGAGAUGAGCAAGGCUGCUUGAAAGCGAUGAAGAUACUCUGGGGGGAAGGACACCACCAAGCAGAGCUGGAGGACCUGAGGAAAGAGCUGGCCACCCUGAAGGGCACCAGGAGCAGCAGCGUCUGGGAGGUGGUAAAGGAUCCGUCACUGCGCUGGCAGGUCUACACGCUCCUCCUCCUCGUGAUCACCAUGCAGUUGAGCGGCAUCAAUGCAAUUUACUUCUACACUUUUGAAGUGCUGCAGACAGCCGGCUUUGACAAGGACCACAUCCCCUACCUGUCCCUAGGGGUCAGCCUCUGUGAACUCCUCGCUGCUGUAAUGUGUAGCUUCAUCAUUGAGCGGUCCGGACGGAAGAAGUUGCUGUGGGGAGGCUACUGGCUGAUGGCCACGGUGCUGGCGAUGGUCACCCUGACCCUGUCCUUGCAGCGUUGGGUCCCCUGGAUGCCGUACUGCAGCCUCGCCCUCCUGUUCUGCUUCGUGAUGUGCUUCGCGAUGGGGCCAGCUGGUGCCACCGUCUCCGUCAGGAUGGAGAUCUUUGACCAGUCCUCCAGGUCAUCAGCCUUUGUGAUCAACGGCACUCUGAACUGGAUCGGCAUGUUUGUGAUAGGAAUGGCCUUCCCAUUCGUCGUGGAAAGCCUCCGUCAGUUCAGCUUCCUCAUCUUCAUGGUCGCCCUUUACACUUCGGGACUCCUGAUCUAUUUGUUUCUGCCGGAGACCAAGAACAAAUCGAUCCUAGAAAUCAGGGAAGAGUUUGAGAAGCUGAACUUUAAGAAGAAGCAGGUUCUCGUCCUAGAAAGGAACGUCACGGAAGAACGUGCCUUCUGCACCAAGCUAUAACUGGACAUUGUCGGGGGAAACCUAAGAAGAAGAACUUUGCCAGGCCAAGGACUUUGCCAAUCCCAACGAGCAGCUGCUGAGGAGGACGAGCUCUGCAGGCAGCAGCCAUGGAGGAAAGACGGAGGAUUUGUUGGCUUUGAUGAUGAGUGGAGCGUGUUUGACAGGAAGUUCUCAGACUUGUAUCAUGUUGGGAGCAACUGAACCUAAGAACAGCCCUGCUGGAUCAGGCCCAAGGCGGCCCAUCUAGUCCAGCAUCCUGUUUCACACAGUGGCCCGUCUGAUGCCUCUGGGAAGCCCACAAGAAAGAGAUGAAGGCAUGCCCUCUCUCCUGCAACUGGUACUCAGAGGCAUCCUGCCUUGGAGGCUGCUGGUGGCCCACAGCCCUCAGGCUAGUAGCCACUGAUAGAUCUGUCCUCCAUGAAUUUAUCCAAACCCCUCUUGGUUCCUGAAAUUCCCAUCAGAAUUGGUUCCUGAAAGCUGUGUCUUAAGUCGAAAUGUCUUGCCCUGGAAACGAUUUCCCCAUAGGAAGCAAUGUUACAAGUGGGGGUUUGGUUCCUGAACCGAGGCUGCAUGCUGGUGGCAUGUCACCCAUAAGAGCAUAAGCACAGCCCUGCUGGAUCAGGCCCAAGAAGGCCCAUCUAGUCUAGCCUCCUGCUUCACACAGUGGCCCACCAGAUGCCUCUGAAGAGCCCACGGGCAAGAGGUCUAUGCAUGCCCUCUCUCCUGCUGUUGCUCCCCUGCAACUGGGAUUGAGAGGCACCGUUACUGGUGAAUUUAUCUAAACCCUUCUUAAAACCAUCCAGGCCGUUGGCUGUCACCACAUCUUGUGGCAGAGAAUUCCAUAGGUUAAUUAUGCACAGACACGCAGCAGAGAAGUUGAUGGUGGAGAAUUGGAGGUUGCUCCCCCUCGCCAUCCACUCCCUCCCUUGUCUCUGCCUGGCUCUUUCUCACUUUUCCAUGGAAGGAAGAGAGGCCAUUGGGCAGCCGGCCUCCACCUCUCCCUCCUCCUGAGCAAUGGUUGGGCAGGGAAGGAAGGAUCGUGGGCAGGAAGCAGCUGGGAACAGUCUAGCCUCUCUCCCUCUUGCCGACAGCUGAGCCUGGAGGAGGAGAAGUGGGACCAGCAGCUGCAUUCGCUCACUGAUGUGUACAGAGGUUCCCUGGUUCCCCAUCGUCACCGGCAGCAAAGAGCCAGGGCGUGGACUAAUGACAUCAUCACUCAGUGCCUGCUGUCAGGUGGUGACGCCAUUUUCCUUGUUCUGGUGGCAAAGUGCCGGUGAUAAGAGCAGAGGGCGGGCGGGCGGUGUGUGUCUCCCCCAGCCCUGGCCCCAUUGGGUGGCCCGUGUUUGCUGCACUCGGUUGGCCAAUGGUAGAUCUGCCCCUGAGCAGUUGGGAGGAGCUGGAGGUGGGCGAGGCUGUCUGCAGCUGCUGCCAGAAAGGAUGGUGAGCCAAAUGUCAGGCAUGUGGUCGGAAUGAGAACUAAUGGGGCAAGGAGGGGGAGGUUGUGACCGGCCUCUUUCCUCAGUUGGGAACUUCUUCUGUCAUUGGUAAUUUUAAGAAAAUACACCCCCUCCCCACUCCUGUGCCAUGGACUCUUCCUGCGUCCCCGCCUUCAAAUACGAAUAAGAGUGACCUACCUCACAGGGUGGUUGUGAGGGCAAGCCCAAUAAAGAUAGUGAAGCAAA